AUGGACUUCUGGUCCUUUGCCACAUGGAAAGAGAAGUAUGUAGUUAGGCCACAAAGAAAGCCUGUCUCUUUCCAGAGAGAUGACUCUGCAUCCUGGAGAGAUGUGUAUUCUACUAACGAUAGUGACCAUGGUGGCUAUGAUGGGAGAUAUGACAGAAAUCAUCGUUUCAGAGGAGGUUUAUAUGGCGAUGCAUAUGAUGGCUUUGGGGAUUGCCAUAAUGCACCAACUAUAGGAGAACUACCCAGGACCCAUGGUGGAAACAGUCAUUAUGAUGAUAACCCCAGCUCACAACAUGAACAUAGUAGAAAACAUGAAAAUUCUGCAAGGAGCCAGAGUCAUGUAUAUGGUGGGAAACGUGAAAGAGGGCUUCUCUCUUCUAUGGAGAGGGGCUACCAUGCUCCUCAUUACUCAUGA